AUGCCUGAUUUCGAUGAAAAGAGCAUAGAUGAAAGAAACAAAAUUGGGACAAUCCUUCAAAGGAAAUGGAAGACCUUAAGGGCCAGUUAUACCAGAGAGUUAUUAAGGCAAAAAACAGAACGGAGUGGUUCUGCAGCAACUGGUAGGAAGAAGUAUAUCUACUUCGAUCAGCUGCGAUUCCUAACAACUGACUGUAAGAACACUACUUCUAGUAUUGAAAAUGAUGAUGAUGAAGACAGAAAUGAGUUUGAUGAAGGAGAAAAUUUAGAGCAGGAGGCACGUGAAAAAACUGCUGAGCGACGGCAAAAAAGGCCACGUGAAAAGAAGAGUCUUGAAGAAGAAGAUAGCCUAUAUAACAUUUUGAAGGAAAAGUACGCCAGAAAAGACAAUUCAUCACAGCAAGCCGACGAAGAUAGCUUGUUUAUGCAGUCUUUAGUACCUGAAUUAAAAAAAAUUACCCAGUCAUGCAAGAUUGAAAGUGAAAUCAGAUUUGAUGAAUGUCAUUAUUAAUGCCCAACAAUAUUACAGCGCUUCUGCUUCCUCUUCGUCCCAAAUAGGAUUUGCACCGGUACCAAAUUACGCUACGGGGGAUCCGCAUCACGACCGUGCAUAUCAUGGAACAGUUCAAGGCUACA